AUGGCCAACGGAUUUCUGUAUAAUUCCGAUAGAGCCAAGUAUCAAUCAAGAAUUGAUGGAAUGACGGCGCAGUACACGUUGAAGCAUCUGGAUUUCAAACAACGUUGUACAUUUCCAACUACUUUGGAAAAUGCUGCUGAUGUUUUGAAUCAACACAAGCACGAUAAUAGGAAGAAGAAUUUGAAUGGAGGAAAUUCGAAUGGACAAGGAAAACAAAACAAGUCAAACAACAAUCAAAAUGACGGAGCUCAGUUUUCGCAACAACAAACUCGAGCGUGUUUUGUGUGCGGAUCGAAAGAUCAUGUCGCACCUCAAUGUGCGGACAAAUUGAAGCCGCGGGAAAAAUGGAAAAACCCGGACAAAUAUAGGGAUUAUUCGGACGCAAAUGGUCGUGGUAAUCGACAGAAUAUGCAACGUGAUGAUAAUGCAACGCGUGAUGAUAAUGAAUCGGGAGAUUCAAACACUCAAUGGAACUAUGGACAUUCCAACAAUGGAUCCCAUGGAGGACAGUUUAUUCAACGAGGACAUACUGACAAUCAUCCAAGACAACAAGGGAUGAUGUUAUUUCAACACAACAAUACUGGUAUCCACUUGGACAGUGGAUCUACUUUUCAUUUGCGAACCAAUGAAGAUGACUUUAAAGAAGGAAGUCUACAAGGAAUUGAUGGAGGAUUCCAUUAUUCCUCUAAUGUGGAGGGAAGAAACCUUUAUCAAGAAGGAAUUGAUAAGGUAUUUGAUUCUGUUUGUAAGCUUGACACACGAGCUAGUGACAACGUCAACAGCUUGUUGAAUAUGGUACAAGAUGGAUUUGAUGUAUUUAUCAAAAAUUGUCCAAUUACGGAGGAAGAUGUUAAUAUCUCUGAAAAGAUAUAUGGACCGAGCGUUUCAACAAUUAAGGGCAAACAAAAGCGACCAACACCAAAGGCGGUGGUUGAUGAUUGGAUUGAAAUGCCCAAGGAACUACUGAAAUACAAUUCGAACCUGGAUUUAUGCAUUGACAUUAUGUUUAUCAACAAUGUCGCGUUUUUUGUCAGUAUUGACAAAGCGAUCAAAUUCCGAUUCAGUACUGAAUUGAAAAAUCGGACGAAAGAUGCUAUUUACAAGUCGAUUGACGAAAUUUUACGCAUUUAUAAUCAUGCGGAAUUUUGA